UCUGUUCAACGCACGAUGGGGUGGUCGUCGCAGCGCAUCGUCCCAGCAGCAGCAGCGCUUCUUAUUCUUUUUGCAGCUACCGCCGUUCUCGCAAAGGAGUCGCCGAGGGUCCGUCUCGAUAAUUUGGGCACCUUGGUUGGAAAGGAAUAUCGAACUAGAGGCAACAGGAUCCUCCACAGUUUUCAAGGCAUUCCUUUUGCUGAGCCUCCAUCUGGAGUCAACAGAUUUAAGGCUCCAAUUCCAAAAGCAUGGAGUGGCGAACUGGACGCGACAAGCCCUGGAAAUCCUUGCAUUCAACCAGAGCACCGCCAGGUCACUAUUCAGGUUCAAAAGCGCUCACUGAGAGAAAAUGAGGAGCAUCGAAAUAACUUUUCACGGGCUGAUCCUGAGGACUGUCUUACCCUGAACGUCUACACGCCUGAUUUAACUCAUAAAGCGUCGCUUCCGGUCUUGGUUUAUUACCAUGGAGGAUCAUUCAUGAUUGGCUCCGAAAUCAGUUUCCGACCUGACUUCUUUCUGGACAGAGACGUCGUUCUUGUUGUUCCACAAUAUAGAUUAGGACCCUUUGGAUUUCUUUCGAUGCAAAAUGAAAUGAUUCCUGGUAAUGCUGGCCUCUUGGACACAUUGGAGGCUUUGAAGUGGGUUAAUAAACACAUUUCUAAAUUUGGUGGAAACAAAAAUAAGGUGACGGUUUCUGGCCAAAGCGCUGGUGCAUCCAUUGCAAACUACUUGAUGCUAAGUCCCUUGGCCAAAGGUCUGCUGCACGGUGUGAUCAUGAACAGCGGCUCCGCAAUCGCUUCUUGGGCGCAGGAUGAAAUACCAGUACAGGAGACAAGAAAAAUUGCGUCGUUUGCCAAUUUUUCCGGUUGCCAAGGCGCCGACCAAAGCGUUUCCGAGUGUUUACUUAAGUUACCUGCCGAGGAAUUGUUGCAAGCGUUCACCAAAUACAUCAACAAGGGUUUGUACAAAGGAGGGCUCCCAGUCAAGUCCAGACCAGACGAACCGGCAGAGACAAAUUUCAUGCCAGAGAAACCUGCGGACCUUGCUAAGAAAGGAAUAGUCAACAGUGUGCCACUUUUGGUUGGUGCCACCAAACACGAUUCCAUGUGGAUAAUUGAUCUUUUGCACAACUAUUUGAAAUCAGUAGGAUUGCUUAAUAAUGAAAUAUUCAUUCGAGAGGACCUCGUCGACCAAGUCAUGAAUUUUGACAAGAUGUACGACCCAGUUGGAACCAUCAAUGACUUGGUAGAACAAAGAUAUUUCAGUUAUGUGCCUCCAGAGAAGAGAGGAAACUUUACUGAAAUCACCGCCGGACUAUUGGAUUAUGUCAACACCUUCACGAUGAAAGCUCCAGCACUUCAGAUGGCCAAACUAAACUCAAAAAAGGCUGACAGUUAUCUUUAUACUUUUAAUUAUAUAGGUCGUCUUCACGUUCCAACUAAUGGCAUUAACGAUCCAAAUGGCAUUUUUACCAAAGGUGUUACCCACUCGGAUGAUAUGAUCUACCUGGCACCUAGACUAAAAGCAACUUUUAAUGAAGAGGAAAUGGCCAUUUCACGCCUAAUGGUGGAUCUUUGGGCGAAUUUCGUUAUUUCUGGAAAUCCUAACGAGCCGAAAAAGUUAUCAGUUCCCUACUGGCCAAAUUACAACACGACCAACAAGUACUAUUACGAAAUCAACAUCACUCCCCGAGUAAAGCAAAAUUUCACUAAUGAGUUCACUGUGGCCAUCCAGGACAGCUCGGCCACACGUUUGCCAAGCAGUAUCACUUUGAGCCUAUUAUCGCUCGUUGUAAUUUCCUAUUUCAAAUAAAUAUAAUACGACCCAGAAA